AUGUCAUUUAACAAUCCUUUUAGUGAAGAUUUAGAGGCACAGGUUUCGAAUAGAUCUCAAAAUUACAAGGAUUUUCCAGAAUUUGAUAGAAUUUCAAGUUCAAUCGAUGACCAAUUGGCUAUAGUUAAUAGAGAAAGAUUGGUGAAUUUAAAGAAGCUCUUGAACGAGUAUGAUAAUUCAGAAGACAUAGAGAAAUCAAAACUAUCGGAGGAUAUAGCUGCUGAAUUGAGCAAAUCGACUAGUGCCUUCAGAACUUUGAAUUUAUCUGUUAAAGAACUAAACAACUAUUUACGGGAUAUUGAACAAAAUCAUGAAGAUAUUGAAGUUUUGAAUUACUUGAAGCAGAAAGAAACGCUUCUAGUCAAGUCAGUCAAGGAGAGUGUUAGUAAAUACAAGAACUACCAGAAGAGGGCCGAAGCGAAUCAGACAUCACAACUCCCUAGCUCGACGGCUGGUUCUCAACAGGAAGCAAAUAGUCAGUUACAAGAUCAAAUCCAGAUAAAUUAUGAACCAAUUAAUGCUGAACAAUUGGAACAGCAGACUUUACAAAUCGAGGAAAGAGAAAGAGAGAUCAGGCAAAUUCAAGAGGACACACUAGAAAUCAAUGAAAUUUUCGAUAACCUUUCAAAUAUAGUGACUGAGCAGCAAUAUCAAAUUGACAACAUAGAAGAGAAUUUGUUUAGUUAUAGUAAUGAUGCGAGGAAUGCCACUCGAGAACUAAGAAGAGCAGAGAGGUACCAAAGAAGAUCAGGGGGGAGAAUGAUGUGCUGUUUAUUAAUUCUAUUAGGGGUUAUGGGAUUUAUAAUUUUGAUAGGAAUAGUGUUUUAG